AUGGCAUCAAACAUUAGAAUUGGCACCGAAUCAACGCCACUUAUACAUCCACCACAUCCAUACCACAACGACCGUGAUCCUUUCAACGGGCAAAAUUCGAAAUUAAAGAGAUUCUUAAAGUUUCUAUCUAUCUUUAUUCUUUUAGUUGUUAUAUUAUUAUAUAUUCAUAGACCUAAGGAAAUAGUGGAUAAAAAACCCUACCCCCCGGAUGUGGACAUAGGGGACCUCAAAGAGCACCGAUUGAUUUGGAAGGGAGCGCAAUCUUUUGAUUACUAUUUGAAGUUAUCGCAUUCCAUGAUAUUUACGGAUGAAUCUGAAGGAAGCAAUCGAACAUCAGGAAUUGAAUUUGUUGCAAGAAAUGAACCAACCUCAUCUGAAAGAAAAGAAAGAAUGACCGAAGAAAAGUUUAAAAAAUUACGGAAAGAACAAAGGUUUGAUGAGGGAGUCGAAAUAUACUAUGAUAUCUUCAUAAAAUUUUAUGAGUCAUUCAGAGUUUUGUCAGCAACUUCGAGCGUCAAUGGAGAGUGGAAGAGUUCAAAUAUUACGUUGAUUAAUUAUGAGAGUAAUGAUGUCAACAGUGAAAAAUAUAAUGAAAUAUGUGAAUUCAAGAUUAACUGGUCAGAUGAUUUGGAAGGUGUGAUUUUGAAGAGAAAUGUGGAUCUCGCGAGAGAAGAGACGAACUUAAACGAAAAUUCGUACAAUGUGGUGGCCUAUGUGAAAGGAAGUAUCGAUUACGGAUUUAUGUUUUAUGAAAAUGAAGAUGGAAGCGGAAAAUUGUUCGCAAAGACAAAUCAGACGGAGAUUGGAUGGAAGAUGGAACAGAG